AUCAUCCAGUCAUUGCACAAGAUGAUCCGAAGCAGUGAAGCAGCUGCUGUUGAGCCACAGAGAGGACAAAGGAUGAUUUUUACAGGUCCAGGUGGAGUUGGAGACUACAGGCCUAGAUCAAACUAUUUCCCCGGGUACAUUGGCAUUGGCGCCACAUCGCCACAAGCUACCAGCGACCUCAGUUACCUGUUCCGAAGUGCACCACACGGUCCUUCACCGGGGCCCAAGCACAGCCAUGUGGGGGAGGUUGGCUGGGGCUGGCAGUAUAACCAGCUGCUGAACAGAGAGGCACUGCACAGCAACAUGCAAAUUAAGAAAGCCGAAUUACAAGCAACGCUGGAGGACAGAGUGACUCAAACUUUCCAGAACUAACAGUAA